AUUUCAGCAAAGUUGAGAAUCUGCAAUGGUAGAGAUGCCAGAUGGGCACGCUCCGCAACCAGCGCCGGAGCCUGUAUCUCCUGUGGAGGAGUACAAGCAGCUCGAGCCUCUGAUCAAUGAGCCCCUCAAGGCUGGCUCAUCAUAUUUUCUGGUGAACCAACGUUGGUACAUGGAAUGGCUCCAGUGGGUAGGAGCGCCGAGCGUGCAGAGCCCGCAGAUGCGGCCUGCAGAUCCACCAUUGGAAGGAGAUGAUUUUCCUCUUCUGGGAUCCAUCUCCGCUUCUCAAGAAAGCACCAGUACGACUAGACGUACGAGACAGCGCACAGGCUCUUGGACCAAAGAUCGCCCGGGCCAGAUUGACAACACUGCCCUCCUCGAGGAGGGAUCUGCAUCUAAGAUCAAGAGAUCCUUGGAUGAGCACAACGACUAUCGCAUUAUCCCGGAGGGUGCUUGGGACCUACUUUUUGGAUGGUAUGGUGGUGGACCACCGAUCAAGAGGAGAGCCAUUACGCGACCGAGUGGCAGUGUCCAAGUGGAGCUCUACGGUAUUAACUUGAAAGUUUACAGAUCGACCGAUCUGCAGGGGUCACCAUACGAGCACAAUGAGUCCAAGUCCAGCACCAUUGGGCAGCUCAAGGCUACACUCUGUGCAGAUCUUGGGCUGGAUGAAAGCAAGGUCCGCAUUUGGGAUUAUUUCAACGAGAAACUCUUUGCACUCCUGGAGAGUCACCUGGACGACACACUGGAAUCUCAACGCAUCAACGUGGAGGGCAACUCCAUUUUGCUGCAAGAGCAGCUCCCAGAUGGAACUUGGGAGAACCUAGACGAUGCUCAGACAACUCCAGAUCCCUAUGCUGCGACCUCGAGCACGGGCGGAUAUGGUCUCUCCUCCAGCUCCUACUACAAUACCUCUGCCGACGUCGCGACGGUGGGUCAGCCCAUCCAGAAAGGAGUGGUUGGACUGCAGAAUCUGGGCAACACCUGCUUCAUGAACAGCUCCCUCCAAUGCCUCUCGAACAUCCCACAGUUGCGGGAGUUCUUCUUGGAGGGUAAAUACAAGGAGAAUCUGAACCGGAAUGCCCACAAGACCGAAGGCAAACUUGCAGAGUCUUUCGCGAAUUUGUUGGAGGUGAUGUGGAAGCCAAACACCACAAAGGUAGCACCUCGGAACUUCAAAUGGCAGGUGGGCCAGUUCGCCGAGCAAUUCAGCGGAUAUGGCCAGCAGGAUUCCAUGGAGCUCAUUGAGUAUGUGCUGGAUGGCCUAAAAGAGGACUGCAAUGAAAUCCAUGGCCGGAAGCCCUACAUUGAGCUGAAAGAGGCAGAUGGCAGGCCAGAUGAGGAAGUAGCAGAUGAAGCGCUACAUGCGUACCAUGCCCGCAGCAAGUCGAAGGUUGAUGACCUGUUCGUAGGUCUCUUCAAAUCUGUAGUGCGCUGUCCAGAUCCUGAGUGCGGCCGCACCUCGGUAACCUUCGACCCGUUCUUGUCAGCGAAGCUCUCACUCUCCAGCUCGGCGGAGCAGCGACAGAUGGCCCUGGAUAUGGUUGUUGUUCGCGAAGGUGACGCAGAAGGUGCCAAUCAGUUCCAACAGGUCACUGUGAAAGUGAACAAGGAAGCGAGUGUGAAAGAGCUCAUUGAAGUGGCGGCAGAGAAAGUUGGUGCAGGCCUAAAGGCAGCCAAUUGUAUCUUAGUGGAAGUCUGGAACGGCAAGGUCUACAAGUGGUUCGAAGAGAGCACCUCUGUGGACACUAUUCGUUCUGAGGACAAGCUCCUGCUGAGCGAAGUUCCAGAUGCGAGACCCUUUUUCAAGAGCGGAGAGCAACGUUGGGGCCCGCCAAGUGCACUCAACAGUCCUGAUGAGGACAUGGAUGAUCCGUCAUCCAGUUCGACCUCUUCAUUCGGAGUGGUUUUGCAUCAUCGAAAAUCCAGCGCAUCUCACUACGUGUCCUAUAUUGGUGUUCCGUUGCUCAUGACCAUUUCGAAGGAUGCAACUGUCCAGAUGCUGUACAAACAGGUUGAACAGAAUCUCAAACGACUCUACGAUCUAGAUGUCGCCGUGGAUUGGAAGAUCUUCAGAGACAACAACAAGUACUCAUACAUCAACGAUGACCCUCAGCUGGACCGCGAGAGCGAUCAACGGCUCCAGCCAGUCAACAAGGAGUCCAGAUUACAGUUUGUUAUCGAAUGGCAGGACAAUGACUUGCCGGAAACGCUGCUGCAGGAGCCAUGGUCUUCCAAGUGCAGCGCAACGGCUGAUGAAGUCGACCUGACCCACUUGCUGCAGAUGUUUGUGCAGGAAGAGAAGCUCAGCUCUGAAGAUGCAUGGUACUGCAACCGAUGCAAAGAGCACAAAGAGGCCUUGAAGAAGCUGGAGUUUCAUCAUUGUCCUCCAGUUUUAGUCCUACAGCUGAAAAGAUUUCAAUACACCCGCUGGUCUCGAGAGCGCCUCGACAAUGCAGUUGCAUUCCCUCUCGAGAACUUGGACCUCACACCUUACUGCACGGCAUCCUCAAGGAAGACAUCCAAAGUCACCCCUGUGUAUGAUCUUGCAGCUGUUUCGAAGCACAUCGGCUCACUCAGUGGAGGACACUACGUGGCGUUCUCACGUUCCUCCAUUGAUGGAGAGUGGUACCACUUCGAUGACAGCACAGUUCGGGGCUGUACAGAGGAAGAAGUUGCCUCUGACAAGGUUGGGGCCUAUGUGCUGUUUUACAUCCGGCGAGACCAUCGGCCUGAACUCUUUGACUCAAAGGUGGCUGAUUAAAUUAGGCUUAAGCGGACCGCCGAUGCUGCAGCUGGGUCAAGCUUUUGGUGACCAA